UUUUUCCAUUAUUUUUUUGAACAGACAAAGGGGAAAGAGAGAGACAAUUCUAGAGAGAGAAAGCGAAAGUUCGCGAGAGAGAGAGAGAUGAAGAUCACGGCUUUGCUCGUCCUGAAGUGCCAACCGGAAGGAUCCAACCCGAUCAUUCUGGUGAACGCCUCCGAUGUGAGCCACUUCGGGUAUUUCCAGAGGUCCAGCGUCAAGGAAUUCAUCGUCUUCGUCGGCCGUACUGUCGCCAAACGCACACCUCCCAGCCAGCGUCAAUCUGUCCAACACGAAGAAUAUAAGGUGCAUGCUUACAACAGAAAUGGGCUUUGUGCGUUGGGCUUUAUGGACGAUCAUUACCCUGUUCGCAGCGCAUUUUCUCUGCUUAACCAGGUGCUUGAUGAGUAUCAGAAAAAUUUUGGUGAUUCAUGGAGGUCUGUACAAGCAGAUGGCAGUCAACCAUGGCCUUACUUGAAUGAUGCUCUAGCAAGAUUUCAGGACCCUGCUGAGGCUGAUAAGUUGAUGAAAAUACAGAGGGAGUUGGAUGAAACAAAAAUUAUCCUUCAUAAGACUAUUGACAGCGUGCUUGCACGAGGUGAGAAAUUGGACAGCUUGGUUGAGAAGAGUUCAGAUCUUAGUGCAGCAUCACAGAUGUUCUACAAGCAGGCAAAAAAGACCAAUCAGUGUUGUUCCAUAUUAUGAGCUUCAGACGAUAGCAGCAAACGAGCAAUGGCUUUCCUUGUACGUUGUCUGAGUUGAUGGAUGACAAAAAUGAUGAUUGUGAUAUGUUAAUACCAUUUAUCAUUUGUUUGCUUUGAAACAACUCUGUAAUUUUCCUCGUUCUCGUGGAUCGAUGAUCGUAUUGACCAAAUAUCCGUUAUUAUUAUAA